AUGGGAGCCCGGAGCGCUGACAAAGCCUGGAGGGGUGGGGUUGUGAGUUUCAGAAGGAAAUGGCUUCUGGAGCCUCUGAAGGACAUAGUUCAGGAAGGUGGCACCGCCAAGCUGGCUUGCUGAAUGUCAGCUUUCUCAGACCUGCUUAUUUGCUGGAUUGAGGUCAAGGGGCUGUGCGAUGGACCUAAGUGACGCUAUGUCCCCAAGGACCCUGGUGUGGUGGCUCUGGUGGUGCAAGACCGGUUGACCUACCUGGACCAGUAUAGCAUCAGCACAGCCAAUCCCUUCUGCCAGUGCUCAGACUCAUGUCUCCUUGUUCAAAAGGGACCUGAUAACACUAAAACACGCAAAGACACCAUGGUAACACUGACUGCCCAGAUCCUGGGCUAGCCUCUGCUGGAUGUCCGCUGGACCAAGGACAGAGAGGACCAAGGACAUCAAGAAACCUUGCAGAAGGAUGAGGGUCGCUGGACCAGUGUUGCGAUUGGUACCAACACCACCAUCUAGACCAUUCACCAGACCACACCCCAGGACAGCGACAAGUAUAAUGUGUUUGUAGCGAACAGCCUGGGCAUAGACCAGAGCUUCGCUCAGGUGGACGUGGCUUGA